UUUGUCAGAGAACCUAAAACAAAUUUCCCAGAUCUUGGUGAAAUAGACAAUAGAAACGGUGAUUCUGACCUUUCACUAUUGGAGAAAAGUUAUGGUAUAAUUUUUUCUCCGCUUCUCCGACUUCGUAUUUUGGAGCUUUAUGCCAUAAUUACCCUCUCAGUUUUCGAACUCUACAAGCACAUACCUAUCACCAGACACUUAUUGGGGCGGCAAAUUCAGGUUUCCGACCACCACAGGAUGGUUAACGACAGACAACAAAAAAGAAAGGAGACAGAGGCCAUUGUCAUUAUGGUGGAGUACAUCGUCCAUACCCAGCAACAGGAUCUGCUUAUGGUCUUGAACAUGGUCCGCACAAUGAUUUCUUCGCAGAAUAAGGGAUGGGGUGGACGUGCAGCCAUCGCCUACAGCAUGAAAUCAAAACUCCCGACCCAAGUUAAGCACAUGGACCGAUUGUUUGGGUUAACUGACAGGAAUUGCAUAAGCAACCUGAGGAUGGAUCGUAACACAUUUCAGCGGUUAUGUCGCAUCUUGCAGGACAAGGCCGGUUUGGUUGAUCGGCCGGCCAACAGCCAUAUUCAAGUUGCGGGUUCUUACCGACAUGUGUCUCCACAACGGGGAUGGGAAACACUGCAGCAUUUCGUCUGCACCUUCGACUAACUCAACGAUCUCGGUGGGGGGGAACGGCAUGUGGGCGGCGGCUGUCAUCGCUGUCGUGGCCGCAUCCUACUCGGCGGAGAGUUGUUGAAUGUCCGGAAGCGCGUCCAAACCUUGUACAUCCGCAACUGCGACAACUACAUCACGCCUAAGAGUUAGUAUAUUUAUUUUUUCCGAAAAGUGGUAUGAAUGGAAACACACAUCAAAGUACACCAUACCCGGAUCGUCGAAUAAUGAAAGUGGAGGUCCGUUGUCGAAAAGACUGACAAUGAAGAGCCCAUCGCUUUGAUAGGCGAACAUGAGCUCGUCACCUGGUUGAAACCCGGCAUGCAGGGCAAAACUUUCCCACCCUCGGCCAAAACACCAGGUGAGUCCCUCCACACAAAGGUCGACGAACCAAUGUGCUUGGUUGGAAAGGGCUACCCGACAGAAGAUAGGGACAAUGACGCCGUAAACCGUCACCCAUGACGCUGGCAGCGGCUGCGUUGUGGAAUAAAAAAACGAGUUCAAUGUACAUUACGCAAUACAUAAGAAUUUUAACUCGUUUGCGGAAUCGGGAGUGCAUACCAUGCGCAAACGGUAGAUGGGGCCGUGGAAUGUGGCCACAAAAGGGGGUGACAGUACAGGAAACCCGUUGAUAGCACUGCAAUAAACAUUUUAGGAAAAAAAACACAUGAGUAUAACCAUACAUAUUAUUCGAUUCAUGUAGUAAAAACACAAGUGUCUCACUUAAGAAAUUCGCGAGCUACUCCUCCUGCCAUAGUUGGAGCGAAUGCGACUGUCGAGAGGGGUAUGAAUAUCAGAUUUACGAAGCUUUUUGUGGAGAGAAAGUGUGAAGAAAGCCUGCUCAUAACCCUCCCUAUUUAUAGAAAAAAAAUGAGCCUAACUGUAUUCACUAGGAUACCAAGCAAGUGGGUAUGUAUUAAAGGAUGUAGAUAUGAGUCGACAUCACCAUAAAUGUUAUGCACAAGUGUUUAGUUA